GUGGGGUAGGGGAAUGUGUGAGUCAAGUGAAACAAAACAUGGCCGGUUUAUGUCAGAAUCGGAAGUAACUGAUUAGGAAAAGCAGAAAUUUAAUUGACAUUUUGGCUAGGACCCCAGGAAGACCAACGAAUUAAUAUCGAUGGCUCGUCCGCCUGUUCCUAGCCAGCAAAAGUUGGCUGAAAAAUUAUGUAUCAUCAACGACCGAGGGGUUGGGAUACUCACCCGCAUCUACAACAUAAAGAAGGCAUGUGGCGAUACAAAAUCUAAACCAGCAUUUCUUUCUGACAAACAACUCGAGUCAUCCAUCAAGCACAUCGCCAGAAGAUUUCCUAAUAUAGACAUCAAAGGGCUGCAAGGCAUCCAGGGCAUUAAAAAUGACAUCAUCAAAUCUCUGUCCUUGUAUUACUACACGUUUGUCGAUUUGCUGGAUUUUAAAGACAACGUUUGCGAUUUACUCACAACCAUUGACAUCUGCCAAGUUCAUCUUGAUAUUACGCUGAAUCCAGACUUGACCAAAGCGUACCUGGACCUUGUUGUAACUUAUGUUUGUCUCAUGAUUCUGCUCUCACGAGUAGAGGACAGGAAAGCAGUUCUUGGUCUCUUCAACGCAGCUCACGAGAUGGUCAACUCGAUUAGCGACCGAGACUUCCCACGUCUUGGGCAAAUGAUCAUGGACUAUGAUCCGCCUCUGAGAAAGCUGUCUGAAGAGUUUAUUCCGCACGCCAAGACGUUGACAACCGCCCUUGCCUCCUUGUGGACUCCAUACAUGAGCAGGAACCUUUCGGCUGAGAAGUGGAGAGCAGACCAGAAGCUCAGUUUGGUCAGCAAUCCUGGUCAAUUACUGAAGCCAACACAAACUGAAUCCAUGUCCUGCGAAUAUUUGUCUCUUGAAGUGAUGGAGCGAUGGAUCAUUUUUGGAUACUCUCUGUGUCAUCAAGCGUUGAAUCAGGAGCAGCCAAGCAAACUCUGGAGCUCUGCGCUUGAUUCUAGCUGGGUCAUUGCCGUUUUCAGGGAUGAAGUGGUGCACAUUCACUCAUAUAUCCAGGGCUUCUUUGAUGGAAUCAAAGGAUACAGCAAAAGAAUCUCUGAAGUGAAGGAAUGCUACAACCAAGCUGUGCAGAAAGCUGCUCUGAAACACCGAGAACGGAGGAAGUUUCUGCGCACCGCAUUGAAGGAGCUUGGCUUGAUUUUGACAGAUAAGCCGGGGCUCCUAGGGCCAAAGGCCUUGCUUGUUUUCAUGGGUUUGUGUUGCUCUCGAGAUGAGGUCCUCUGGCUCCUGAGACACAGUGACAACCCACCCCAACACAAAGCAAAAGGAAAGUCAGCCGAGGAUUUGGUGGACCGCCAACUGCCAGAACUUCUCUUUCACAUGGAAGAGCUAAGAUUGCUGGUUCGCAGGUACCAUCAAGUGGUGCAGCGAUAUUAUGUGCAAUAUUUAGCAGGCUACGAUGCAAUAGCGCUAAAUCAAAUGAUCAGCAUGCUGGUCACCAUGACUGAAGAUGAGAGCGUGAUCCUAGCCUCAAUCCAGAGCAACAUUGCUCAGCUUUCAAUCAAGCAAGUUGAGGAAGGCGAGCUUUUCGACUUUCGAGCUCUGCGUAUGGACUGGAUGCGCUUGCAGGCGUACACAUCUGUCGCCAAGUCGCCACUCGUCCUGGCUGACCACAGAGAGCUUGCUAUAUCUCUGGACACAAUCUCAUUCCACACUAAAAUGGUUGACUACUUGGAUGAAAUACUGAUGGAAUGUUCAGACUUGUCCACUUUCUGUUUCUAUAGUAAAAUAUUUGAAGAUCAGUUCCACAUGUGUCUGGAGUUUCCAGCUCAGAAUCGGUUUAUUGUGUCAUUCCCACUGAUCUGCAGCCACUUCCAGAGCUGCACACACGAAUUGUGCCCUGAGGAGAGGCAUCAUAUUAGGGAGAGGAGUCUUUCCUUGGUAAAUAUGUUUAUGGAUGAAAUGGCGAAAGAGGCGAAGAAUAUAAUCACCACCAUCUGUGACGAACAGUGCACCAUGAGUGACAAACUCUUGCCAAAACACUGCGCGCUGAUCAUUGCACAAGCUGCGAACCGGAAGAAAAAAGACAAAAACAAGAAGUCACUGCCGGAAAUCUACAAACCUGGAAAUGAGAGCUACCGUAAAAAUCGCGAGGAUCUCACCACCAUGGACAAGCUGCACAUGGCGUUGACUGAGCUGUGCUACGCCAUCAACUUUUGCUCCACGAUCCACGUGUGGGAGUACGCGUUUACGCCCAGGGAAUAUUUGCACCAGCAUUUGGAAACACGUUUCGCGCGCGCCCUUGUUGGCAUGGUGAUGUACAACCCGGACACAAGCGAGAUCGCGAAACCCUCUGAACUGCUCUUCAGCGUCAGGGCCUACAUGAACGUUCUGCAAACUGUGGAGAACUAUGUCCACAUCGACAUCACGAGGAUGUUUAACACCUGCCUCCUGCAGCAAACGCAGCCAUUGGACAGUCAUGGCGAGAAAACCAUAGCUGCCCUCUACACCCAAUGGUACUCUGAGGUGCUUCUGAGAAGAGUCAGUGGUGGAAACAUUUGCUUCUCAAACAACCAAAGAUCUUUCGUCAGCUUGACCGCCGAGGGCACCAUUCCGUUCAAUGCUGAGGAGUUUUCCGACAUCAACGAAUUGCGUGCUCUAUCAGAACUGAUUGGGCCGUACGGAAUGCGGCAUUUGAACGAAACCUUGAUGUGGCACAUCGCAAGUCAAGUCCACGAGUUAAAGAAACUGGCGGCCUCUAAUAUUGAGACGCUGAUUGCGUUGAGAUCAAACUUUGACAAGCCAGAUGUCAUGAAGGAACAGUUCAAGCGGCUGCAAAAUGUCGACAAUGUGCUCACUAGGAUGACCAUCGUUGGAGUGAUUCUCAGCUUCCGUCGACUGGCCCAGUCAGCGCUGGUUGACGUUCUCGAGGAGAGAAUCCCGUUCCUGCUCAGCUCUGUGCUUGACUUUAAACACAACCUCACGCAGAGCGACCCGCCAAUGAUUGAGCCAGUGAAACACAGUAUUGUCAACGAAAUGGCGUCUGCCGCAGGUCUUGAAUGCAAAGUAGACCCGACCCUGGUUAACACCCUGAGAAAUCAAAAGGGAGAGCCCGACGAGAAUGAGCACCUGCUCACCUGUCUGCUCAUGGUGUAUGUUGCAGUUUCAAUCCCCAAACUGUCGAGAAGUGAAAACUCGUUUUACCGAGCAUCGCUUGAAGGCCAUGCCAACAACAUCCACUGCAUGGCCACAGCGGUCAACAACGUAUUUGGUGCUCUGUUCACCAUCUGCGGACAGGGUGACAUAGAGGACCGGAUGAAGGAAUUUUUGGCACUGGCUUCUUUGAGUUUGCUCAGGCUGGGCCAAGAAGCUGACAGAGAAGUAACAAAGAAUAGAGAGUCGGUAUACCUGCUUCUGGACAUGAUUGUUCAAGAGUCUCCCUUCCUCACUAUGGACUUGCUUGAGUCGUGCUUCCCUUACGCACUCAUCCGUAACGCAUACCAUGCCGUGUACAAGGCCGAAUACGCGCAGGCAUAGACACACUUUUCUUCUGUUCAAGGGUAUUGAGUCAUGGUUUAAGAGAUGAACUGCGUUUUUAUAUUUAUUAAAGCAUUUAUUUUGCUUUCAAAUCUGUAAUUCGCGUGUUAAAUUAUCCUUUCAAAUAAUUAUUUUAUCUUGUCAUGCUUUGGCCUCUUAGGAAUCUACAUGUAUGAUUUAAGCAUCUGUUCAAAUUAUCUAUUUAGUCGACAUUAUGCACUUAAGAUGCAUCUUUUGAUAAAGAUUGAAUAAAUAAUAGCCCUCUCAGAA